AUGCAUUCUCGCCAAUGUAAGCUGCUGCUGCUGCUGGUAGCAGCAGCAGCAGCAGCGCAGCAAGCAGAAGCAUUUGCAAUCAGUCAGACAACACAGCUCUUGCGAGCUGGCCCAGCAUCAAUUUCCGUGUCGGAUGCCUCUCGGCCACGUGCCGCCACAGCAGCCACAUCCGCAGCGAACACGGCACUGGGCAGCAGCAGCAACAGCAAUCACUCUCUUGACGGAGAGUCUAUAUCGGGCCCGCUGCAGCCUCUUAGGGGGAUGGUGCUGCUGCAGAAGCUUGGGGCCGAAGAAAUGACGAAGGGAGGGCUGCUGCUGCCGUCAGAGGCCCGCCAGGAGAAAGCCCUUGGCCGCGUCAUCGCUACGGGGCCUGGAAGCGUGGAUCCAGAAACUGGCUGUGCAACACCGUGGGAGACCAAAUCUCUUUACAUGUCUGUAGCGGCUGCUGCUGCUGCUGCUGCUGCUUCUCAGCUGAAAUAUGAUGGGGCAGAAUGCGUGCUCAUGUCUAGCCAAGAACUGUUGGCAAAAGUGACGGACCCAGACAAGAUGAAUCCAGCGGAUGUUAAGCCUCUAGGAGACACAGUGUUUGUCCGUAUUCUGAAGCCUUCGGACACGAGCGCCGGGGGUUUGCUGCUGGUGCCGCAGCAACAGCAGCGGCCGAUGCAGCAGGCUGAGGUUGUGGCUGUGGGUAGUGGCAAGACGUCUGCGCAGCAGGAGAGGUUGCCUGUUGAGGUGGCUGUCGGAGAUAAAGUUGUCUACUCGAGCUACAUGGAAGAAUCGGCCCAGCUAAAGAUGGCCGAUCAAGUUUAUGCCUUCGUUAGGGCAUCGGACAUUGCUGCAAAAUGGGCUUGCAGCAACGGACGCAUGGCAGACGCUAGGGAGUCAAUUUAA